AUGAAACCAACUGACAACAACAGUAAUAACAAUUUCGUUGACGGAUAGUUGCCUUUGAGCAAGUAAUACACUGCUUCAACGGCUGUACCUAAUACUUAAAAGCUUAGUUUAUCAUAAAUAAAUUACAAAUCUACAGAAAACGGCACAUUUGUAGGCGGAGCCAGUAUCUCAAGUGCGAAUAACAUUAUUAACAAUAGCAACACUUAGUCAAAGCAAAGUGAUUUCAUAAUUAGAAAAACUUAGAAUAAAAGAGUCAUGAGCUAAAUUAGGCAUAAUUAGCAGGGGAUUCCUCCCAAGCAAAAAUCAAGUCUUGUCAACAGCGGAGUUAAAAAGAAGAGCUCUGCUAAGAAGCCAGGCAAUGAAACUACAACUGAACAGGUUAUGGCUGAAUAUGGGAGACCUAUUCUUUAGAAUAUUGUGAAAAACUAAGGAUUUCCAGAUUCUAAGACUUUGAGUAUGAUCAGCAAUCACAAAAAUAAGUUCAUUAGUGUCACAAGCAAUGACAGUAAUAUCUUGAUAACUAACAAUCAAAUGAAUGAGCCACUAUCUCAGCUACAUCAUCUAUUGCAGUAUAACUCAAAUGAAUAGAGCAAAGAAAACCUAGCCUCAAUGAUGGAUAAUCCCUAGGAAAAUCCUCAAGGGGCUCCAAAUUAAUCAGAUAAAUAAAUUUAAGAAGAAUAGUAAUAAUAGCAAUAAAUAAGUGCAGUAAUAAAGAAGAAAUUUUUGGUGUUUAGACCAUAUGAAGAUCCAAUAUCAAUUAGACCAUACCAGCCCCCUGACAGAGGUUAUUAUUUCAAACUACACAAAUGUGACGUUAAGAUUAUCAGAUACACUCUAGAGGAUAACGGUUUCAGAGAGGUCCCAGCACCAGAGGUGAAAGAUUGGUCUGUACUAUGGAGCUGUUCCGCUCUUAAACCAAUUGUGUAUUAAUAAAUGACAAAGUACCAGAAAGUGAAUCACUUCCCUUAGUCUUUCUACAUCACCAGGAAGGACUUAAUGUAUAAGUAGGUGUCUAGGAUGAGAGAAAUUCAUGGAUAAAAGCACUUCAAUUUUAUCCCAAAGACCUUUUUGCUUCCAAAUGAGUUUGUCUAUCUCGAAGCAGAAAUGGAAAAAGACAAGGAGAAGCUUUGGAUUGCAAAGCCAGCUGCUUCCUCUCAAGGAAAGGGUAUCAUAGUUACAAACAAGUUAGCUGAAAUCCCUUAGAAGGGCACACCACAUAUAGUGAGCGAGUACAUUAACAAUCCCUUACUUUUUGACGGUUAUAAAUUCGAUCUUAGAGUAUAUGUAGCCAUCACUAGUAUCAACCCACUAAGACUUUAUAUUUAUGAAGAUGGUUUGACUAGAUUUGCCACGAGUAAGUACACCAAUGAUUUGCAUGGAAAUAAAAAGCAAUCUAAAUAUACUCAUCUCACCAACUACUCACUUAAUAAAUACAAUCCAAACUUCAUUGCAAAUAAUGAUGCCAACUAGGACGGAGUUGGAAGCAAAUGGUCAUUGGUGGCUUUAAAAAAGGCUUUUAGGGAAUAGGGAAUAGAUGAACAGAUGAUAUUUAAGAAGAUAGAGGAUGUAGUGAUCAAAACUAUACUGUCUGCUGAGAGUGUGAUAUUCAAUGCUGUUUCUGCACAGGUUCCUUUCCCUAGAACUAAUUGCUUUGAAUUACUUGGAUUUGAUAUAUUGAUUGAUAAUUCACUCAACCCUUGGUUGCUCGAAGUUAACCUUUCACCAUCACUUAAUUGUGAUUCUCCUCUAGAUCAACGAAUAAAGGGUAAUUUGAUAGCAGAUUUACUAACUUUAAGCGGCAUAUCACCCUUAGACCAAAGAAAGUAAACUAAUGGAGUAGAUUAGAUCUACGGAAGAACUAAAGGUGUUUUCUAUGGUAUGUAUGGUUAGACUACUACAAACUAACAAAGCAAUCUUGGCCAAACUAAUUCAGCUGGGUUUAGACGUGAUUCUUCAACUGCAAAUAGUACUAAACGAUAACUUUCAAAGACUGGUGGUAACUAAAUGGGCAAAGACUUGGUUACAAGAGCUGGUCUUGCCGAUACAAAUGGCUUUUCUACUACUUAUGGAGCAGUAAUCACUUAAUACGGCUAAACUAAACAUAUGCAACUAUCUGCGAAAGAAGAGAAGCAGCUAAUCAAAGAGGCUGAGAUGGAAUUCAAACGUCGAGGCAAGUUCAAGAGAGUCUUCCCCUCGAUAGAAUAUCACUACUAUCGCCAGUUCUUCACUGAAGAGCGCUCCCUUAACUAUAUUUUAGACCAGAAACUGAUGAGCAAACGUAGGCUUAACAACGCUAAUAUAACUCAAGGCAUAGGCUUGCCAGGUGUGAAUAAUAACCCAACUCUUGGAGUGAUUUCAAUGAAGUAAAAGAUUGAAUACCUGAAUAAUAAAAGCACAUUAAUGGCUUUAGCUAAUGUUAUACAGCCAAGCAUUACUUCCAAGGACUCUUAGAGAAUCCAAACUUCAAGUACAAUUAAUAAUGACUUGGAACAUAUCACUGGAAAUGAUAAUGACAAUAAGUACAAGAGAACUCUGAAUACAGAUAUUUAGCAAAUUAUAUGA